AUGAAGAUUUUAUUGUUAUUUUUAGUCAUUGUAGUAAAUGUGGUGACAGGGGAUUUGCCGUUGGCUUUGCCUUGUGAGGCAGAGAAAUGUGAACUACCUGAAUGCCGUUGCUCCUCAACCAGUAUACCUGGAGGACUGGCAGCUAAGGAAACUCCACAGUUCUUCACGAUAACAUUCGACGAUGCCAUUAACGCAAUGAAUAUGGUUACGUACCGAGAAAUUCUCUAUAACCGUCACAACAAAAACGGCUGCAAAGCGGGUGCCACGUUCUACAUCAACCAUGAAUACACAAACUACAAUGCGGUCAAUGAAUUGUACAACGAAGGCUUUGAAAUCGCCUUACACACUAUCAGCCAUAGAACUCCACAGACUUACUGGGCUGAAGCCACUUAUGAUACUAUGGUCCAAGAGCUGGUAGACCAAAGAGUCUUGAUGGGCCAUUUUGCUAACAUACCAUAUGAUGAAAUGAAAGGAGUACGUAUGCCAUUCCUGCAAAUGACAGGGAAUUCCAGUUUUCAAGUUAUGGCCGAUUUCAGAAUUAUCUACGAUGCUACUUGGCCUACAGUGACUUCUCUGAGUCCUGGUCUAUGGCCGUACACUCUUCAUUACGCUUCAACUCAAGAAUGUGUGAUACCUCCCUGCCCAACCGCUUCUAUUCCGGGACCCUGGGUAAUGCCUAUGAUCAGCUGGUUGGAUCAAAAUGGUAUCCCUUGUCCGAUGGUUGAUAGUUGUUUUUUUGUGCCAAAAUUAGACAAUGAGGACGAAUGGUUUGAUUUCAUCUUGAUUAACUUUGAAAGACACUACCACGGGAACAGAGCUCCAUUUGGCUUCUACAUUCAUGAAUGGUACUUAAGAUUCAAUCCAGCAGUGAAAAGAGCUUUAGCCAGAUUUAUGGAUCUAAUCAAUAGCUUAAAUGAUGUUUUCAUGGUCAAUUCCAUUGAAGUUAUCGAAUGGGUUAAGAAUCCUAUACCGACAGACGAAUAUCGUCGGAAGCCAUGCAAAGUUACUAAAAAAACAAAUUGCACUAGCCUAACAUGUGGACCUUUAAGAAGUGACCAUAAUAACCUCGACUACUGGAUGGAAUCUUGCACGUCGUGUCCUCGAACUUAUCCCUGGGUAGGGAACCCACUUGGACAGUAA